GUGGCAAUGGCAAAAACAUGAAGAAGAAGAAGAAGAAAAUAGAAGGAAGGCGUCAACGCUCGAGAGUCACUCGGAGGCAGCAGCAGCAGCAGCAGCCGCGGCGCUGCUCUUCGCUCCCGACGAGAGUGGCUUCAAAUGUUUUUUUUUAUUUAAUUUCAUUUUUUUGGGCCUUUUUUUUUGUCGUUCCUCAAUUUUGUUGCCAUCGUGAACGUCCACGCGCGACGAUGACGAGCGUCGUCGCGGGCUCGGCGGCGUUGACGUGCGCGGAAGCCGCCGCCGGUGCCGCCGCCACUGGAUGACCGCCGCACUUUCGUCAAUUUAUACAGAUGUACAUAUAUAUAUAUUAUUUUUUUUUAACGUGAAGCGAGGACAGCACGAGCGACACUUUUUUUUUUGCCGUAUUGUUCUUUAUUAUUGUUUGAACCAUGUUGACUGGAUCCAAAAGCACGUUCAAAGUCAGACAAAUGGAGACGGACAUCAAGGAGAGGCUGCUGAGUCAGAGCGGGAUGAACGCCAGGGGUCGAGAUGUCUUCGAACUGCGAUGCCUUCCAGGGGAAUGCGUGCUGCACCGGGCCGUCAUGGUGAGGAAGAAGCUGACGGCCGGCGAAGGGAGAGGUUGGCUGUCGGGAACGCUCUUCUGCACUCACUUCCGGGUCGCCUUCGUGCCCCAGGACGCCCCCAAAGGCGACGACGAUGCCGACCCGAUACUUUUGGGGGAUCAUGACGUGGCGUUGGCGUCUAUCGAGAAAGUCGUAGUUGUGGGCCCCAACAGGACCAAGCUGGUGACGGCAAACUCUUCGCUCAAGUUCACUCCGGAGGAGCUGGUGCUGUACUGCCGAGACCUGAGAGUCGUCUGCUUCCUGUUCGACCGCCUGACCCCCGACCCCCAAGUCAUCGAGAUCACGCACGCCAUCGCCAAGACCUACCAGCCUCUCAAAGCGGGCUCCGUCCUGGCCUUCCAGAACGCCGCCCUCGGCAGCGUGGAAAUGAAGCAGUUUCUAAGCAACCGGCGGCGGGACGCCCACAUGAACUGGCACGAGUCGGCGGCGGACUGGCAGCGCGAGCUGGAGCGCUGCGGCGCCACCGGCUGGAGGGUCAGCUCCGUCAAUGACCGCUUCGAGAUGUCCACCAGCCUCCCAAGGUUCAUCGUUGUUCCACAGAAGGUUCUCGAUACCGAGUUGAAGAAAAGCUUCGCCCACUUCAACGACGGACGCAUCCCCCGCUGGUGCUGGCGACACCCGCGCGGCAGCGACCUCCUCCGCAUGGCCGGCUUCCAGAACAACAUCUACCACGAGAAGGACGACAUCAGGAACCUGGAGCUCAUCCUGUUCGGGUGCCGCUCGUCGCUGUGCGUGGUGGUGGAGCUCGGCGAGGAUCUGCCCUCCGCGGCCGACAUCCAGCUGGCGCACGGCCGCCUGCGAGCGCUUUGUCUCGGAGACAUCUCCACGUCUGUGACUGUGCCCGACGACAAGUGGCUGUCCACGCUGGAAGCCACUCACUGGUUGGACUACACCAGGUGGUGCCUAAAGAAAGCUUCGGAGGUGGCGUGCCUCCUGCGCGGUGGUCACAUGACUGUGGCCCUGCAAGAGGCUGAGGAUCGAGACCUGAGCUGCGUGGUGUCCAGCCUGGUCCAGGUCAUGUGCGACCCCCACUGCCGCACCCGCCGAGGCUUCCAGAGCUUGGUGCAGAAGGAGUGGGUGACGGCGGGCCACCGCUUCUACAGCCGCGGCAACUAUCACCGUGACAACGACAAAGAGGAGGCUCCCGUCUUCCUGCUCUUCCUGGACUGCGCGUGGCAGCUGUGGUCUCAGUACCCGUCUCGCUUCCAGCUGAGCGACGACUUCUUGCUGGCGCUGCACGACAGCGCCCACCUGCCGCUCUUCUCCAGCUUCCUGGCCAAUUCCCAGCGGGAGAGAUGCAGACGCUCGCAGUACUUUUGCCACCUGCGCCCGCAGAACCAGGGCCAGUGCUACACGCCCGUCAACGGCUGGCGCGACCCGCUUCACACGGACGGCGCCCCGGAGCCGCCCGACCCCCCGUUGCCGCCCGUGUGGGACUGGUCUCUGCAGUACGGCGAGCGGCGGCGGGCCGGGUUCACGCAACCCGUCCCUCCGGCGCCGGCGCCCCGGCCCGCGCUCAACGGGAACCUCAACGCCGACCUGGACGCCAACAGGCCGAGCGACGCCAGCCCCGGCUCCGUCUUCCUCCUGUCCCGGGGCGUCUUCUCCUGUCCCGCCAACCUGCUCCCCUGGCGGGGGGGCGUGGGGGGCGGUAUUUCGGGCGUUUACCGGAAGAGCCACCGGAGGGCGCCGUCCUCCGAGAGCGUCCCCGGCCUGGAGAGGCUGCUGAGGGCUCGGUCCCUCGCCGAGGCCCGCUCGGGGCCGCCGUCCCGCCCCGUGCCGGACCCCUACGAGCCCUUGCUGCCCCUCCUCGUGGGGCCCUGCGUGGGCCUGUGGAAGGAGUGUUACCACCGGGGGGCGCUGCAUCCUCAGGUAUGCGCUGAGGCUUUCUCGCACCCGCUCAGCGCCAACCACCGCCACCCGGUGGAGCUCCUGGCCCGGGAGGUGCAGCGCCUCCAGGAGCAGCUGGACCGGGCGCGGCCCCCCUCCUCUCCCGCCGCCGAGACGGCGGAGCCGCGGCCGGCCCCCUUCGCCGACCUCAACCACAACGCCAACAACGGCACCUUCCUCUACCCCAGACGCCCGCCCGCGACGCGCCAACUCCAAAGUGGGCAAAAACAAGGCAACUUAGUCGUGUGCCCACCACCCCCGCCGGGCUUCUUCUGCAAAUACCUGGCAGGAAGAGGACGACGACCCACAAUGCACUUGGAGCCCUCCCUGACACAUUUUCUCCAUGAAAGCUGGCGUCUUUUUUUUUUUUUUUUUUAGCCUGUCAGGUGCUUGUCAUGGGAAUUCAUUUCAAGUCGUUCACUGCUCGCCAUUUCAAAAUCCACGUUGCCAUCUGGGUGACAAUAUUUUCAACCGAAAGGGCCACUGGUGGUAAAAAUGGAUUUCUUUAUCUCCAAACAGGCUCAAGUUGAACGUCAGUGGGGGUUUUUUUGUUUUGUUUGUUUUUUUACGACCUCGGCCGUCCACUCCGUAAGCUUCUGUCAUCUUUUCUCACCUCACACUUUCUUCUACGUAGCGUGACGCAUACUAUUUCUAUUCUACGUAUAAACUCAGUCCAGCGUC